UCGCAGUUCCGCAGCGCAGACUGCUGACGACCACCAGCAGUCAUUUCAUACAUAUACGCCUGCUCGCUUCGAGAACUAGUGCUGCGAGAUGGCUCGGCCGGAGACUAGCAGCGUCAAAACGGCCUUCUCAUGAUACCUACCUUAGCAUCCAUCUACUCACUACCUAGUCCCCUCUGAUAGCCAGGGUACUGUACAAUUCCGCGAGGAUGUUGCUUGUCCAUCAGGCCGGCAGCGUCAAGAUUGGCGAGGUCGUCCGAUAUACCCUCACUUACACGCCCAGCAACGAUCGCAUACUGCCCACGCCGAAGCAUCUCCAUCUGAGGGUCAAGAACACCUCCGCUAUUCCCCUGCGCGCUGCGUGGGUACAUGGUCCAUAUGCUUUGCAUGUUUCCGCCUAUCCUGCAACCUUCAAUCCUCACCACAAGGUCGAAAAUCCCGAUAGGGAUGGAGCGCCCGAGUAUGAGCCCAUGGUGAAAGCAGGAGGAAGUUGGUCGACGAAGCUACUGGUGCCGGAUGAUAUACGCGAGACUGGCGCCGAUUUGGGAAAGAGGCGGAGGAGCUAUCAGCAAGAGGCGGAAAGUGGUGAUAAGGAAAAGGGCAAAGUAACAUGGAUUGUCGAGAUUGCUUCGCAGAUUCUAUUCUCCAACUCUGCUGCCGUUGGCUUCGAGGUUCUCAUAGGGAGGGACGAGCGGAGUCUGGAAUUGGGGUUUGCUGCAGUGGCAGCAGCAGGUCACGGAGCGCCGGCUAACGUCAAGGCGUUACAAGGCGAGAAAGAAAGAAAGGAAGCACGAAGACGUGGUCAUGUGCAGAAUGAAGGUGUGUACUCGAAGGCUGUACGGCUAGUGGUGGAAGAUACAGAAACUCUGUGGGAUAAGCCACCACUGCCUUCAUGGGACAACGAAGAUGACAAGGAGCAAAAGCGCCGAAAGUCAUUAAACAUGAGACGCAAAAGUGAGGAUAUGAAUGCGAAGGUCGAGAAGCCAAAGGAGGAAAAGCGGAAGAAGAGACGAAACGUGCAUCUGGUCAUUGUCACACAUGGUCUGCAUAGUAACUUGGGCGCAGACAUGCUGUUCUUGAAGGAGAGUAUCGAUUCGACAGUAGCACAAGCAAGAGCAGACGCGAAGAAGCGCAAAGAGCAGUAUCGGGCAUCGCAGGGCAAGGAGACCGACACUUCAGGAGCAGAUCAUGUCAAAUCGCAACAGGACGGAGAAGAGACAGCCCCGGCAAAUCUUACAGGAGGUCAGGACGAUCUCAAUAACGCACCGGAAGAAGACGACGACGAGGAAGAGACGAUAGUGAGAGGCUUCCACGGGAAUGCAGUCCGCACAGAAAACGGCAUCCAGUACCUAGGAAAACGGCUGGCCAAGUACAUUCUGCGCUUCACUUACCCUGAUCAGCCGUUCUUGCCCAUCCACAGGAACCUCAGUCGCAAGUUCACAGACACAUUCACCAGCGAAGCUGAUAAAGCGAAGCGUGAUGGCAAGCCCGCACAUCAGGGCAGCAGUGUCGCCGCACCUAGGGAGGCCAAGUUAGCAGAAGACCUCCCUUAUAAAUUCACCAGCAUAUCUUUUAUUGGACACAGUCUUGGCGGACUGAUCCAGACCUAUGCUGUCGCGUAUAUACAGAAGCACAGUCCGACGUUUUUCAAGCAGAUACAGCCUGUUAACUUUGUGUGUCUAGCCUCUCCUAUGCUCGGCUUGAGUAAUGAAAACCCAAUGUAUGUCAAGUUUGCGCUCGAUUUUGGACUGGUGGGGAGAACUGGACAGGAUCUGGGGCUUACGUGGCGCGCUCCGACUCUCGCAAACAAAGGCUGGAAUGCGAUGGGUAACAUCUUCACAAACAGCGCUCAGAAAGAGAAGGAGCAUGAUCAGGCCAAUGCAGCUGCUAAGCCACUUCUGCGGAUCUUGCCCACUGGUCCCGCGCACCAGGUGCUGAGAAUGUUUCGCAACCGCACAGUCUACUCGAACGUAGUCAACGAUGGCAUCGUGCCCCUACGGACGAGCUGUUUACUUUUCCUAGAUUGGCGAGGGCUCGGCAAGGUUGAAAAAGCACGGCGUGAGAACGGCCUGAUCGGCACAGUGGCAGAAUGGGGCUGGGCAGAGCUCACAGGUGCCAACUCAUCAGCACUGGCACCCAACAUGCAAUCCGAGAGACCCUGGGAGUCCGAGGACGAAGGCUCGUCGACAAGAGCAGGACAGGACGAUUCGGUUCCACAGCCGUCAGAAAAUGAGACCACGGAGGACAGUAAGCGAUUGUCGAGCCGCAUGAGCUUCAACGAGGAGAGCGAUGGGAAACGGGUGACUAGCAGAGGCUCUUCGGUGGGAUCGGAAGUCGCGCAAGACAACAAGGGAAUGAUGUCGACUGUCAUGAGUUGGUUUGGUGCCACUACCGCUGCGAAACCGCCGCCACCACAGAAGAAGAAGACAACGAAGAUCCUCCGUCGAGGCCAGACCAUGAAUUUCUCUGCGGAAACAAGCUCCGAGGAUGUUACAUCGGGCCAAGAGUCCACAACGGACAAUCCAACUAUGCGACCACAUCACAAACGUCCCGGUGCUACGAGAGGAGAUAGUUUGAAUGCUGAGACUGGUGAAGUGUUGGCACCUCCCAAAACUUCCAUCUUCGAAUCCGCCGGCGACAUAUUACAUCCUCCAUUGCCUAGUAGGCAAUGGAUUUGUGAUCCUAGCACACGAGCUCGGACGAUUUUUCAUGAUCGCGUCUAUCACCCGGAAGACAUCCCCCCUCCACCCACGAAGAAGGGACAGCAGAGUCGGCAGCCGAGCUUGUCAUCCCGGGACCAUGUGCCAAACAAUGCCUCCAACACGACCAUCAGAUCAAGCGAGAGCACCAUUACAGCACAGUCGAAUGCCUCUGAUGCCACUCUGACGAACAAUACUAAUGAUCCGUCUGGCAUGAAGGUUGAAGAGAAGAUUGCACGUGCCUACCACCGAGAUCUGUCAUGGCGAAAAGUGCUUGUCCGUCUUGAACCCGACGCGCACAACAACAUCAUUGUGCGAAGGAUGUUUGCAAACGCCUACGGGUGGCCUGUCGUCAAGCACCUGUGUGACACUCAUUUUGCGGAUACCCAUGCUGCCCGUACCAGAGAUGAAGAUGAGCCCGCUCGUGAGCGUGCCAAACCUAUGGACGCUCCCAUCAGUGGUGAAUACGGAGAGCAAGUCACCGAACAGACGAGCAAGCAAGGUGAAGUGAAACCACGAACGCAAAGCGAGACGCGAGAAGCACGAGACGAACUCGCCGAUUUGGCUGUACCCCAGCACGGCAUCGACAAGAUCAGCUCUGCCAGGCGCGCCAAUACUUCCUCCUCCUACUCUUCGGUCAGCAGCAGCAGCUCGCUUUCUCAGGCAGGGAGUGCAGUGUGGGAUGACGCAUUCUUCGAAGGCUCGGAUGGUGAGGAUAGUGAUGCCGUUGACGAAAGACAUCUCGUCGCAAAGAUUCUCAACCCGAACCAUACACCGAAAAAGCCAGAAUCUGCACAUCAUCAUGGUCAGCAAAGUUCAUCGUCGCAGUCGAGUUCACUUCGGUCGCCGCCACAGCCCAUAGAGACUUAUACAGAUGGACAUCGUGGUCUUGCACCGUACAGUCCGACAUCACCUCAUUCGCCGCAGGCUCGAGCACCCACCAGUCCAAAGUUCAGGACUUCGUCGGAGGUGAAGGAGGCUAGUCCCAAGCAAGCAGCUGCAAAACCCACGUUCAACACUGCUGACCUUGAACCGCCCACGGUACUACCUGGCGUGAUCGUAGAAGAGCCCACGCCAAUCAGUCCUACAGCUUCGAGCAUGAAGUGGAGCAACAAUGUGGAAGAGCCGGCCAGCUCUUCAACCACAUCAAGGGAGGUUGUGAGUGGACAUGGACAGAGCGGGACAACUACGGAUAAAAGAGGUGGGAGUGCUGAUAUGAAUUGAUAGUAGAGAAUUGCAGUUUAUAAAGGAUCAGACUGAUAUACACUGAGAUACCCUGCAGAGCUGAUCGAAAGCCCAUAUAAUAAUCAAUAAU